AUGUCGAACAUCAAGCCUAAGAAAACAAUGGUGAGCAGUGGACUGCAAUCACACAUUUCUGCAUUCUUCUCCAAGGGUGGCGGAGGAUCUGGGUUCUAUCCCAGAGACCCUCAGCAUGAGGUGCUACCAAAAUCCCCAAAAAGAGGUACUGCUUUGGGGGCAAAUGUAGAUAUCUACAAUGCAAAGCAAGAAACAAGGUUCCCGCUCUCCCCCUUCACCAUCCCUGAGACACCUGAAAGUGAAAAAGAAUAUCACUGCCAAACUCCACCCUUUUCUCUUGGUCAAUGCUCUCCUGUGUCCCGUAGUCCACGUUCCCGAGCUCUCACCUGCAAGACGAAGCUCUUGUCCAACAGGUCACUGCAGCCACAAAACAAGACGAGCCCAAAAUCCGGGGACACUGUUAAUGUAGAGAAUGUUAUUGGUCAUUUUAGUUCAGUGAAACGGCCGAUGCACGGGUCAGAAACGUAUCAGAAAUCCAAGCGCCCCAGAACAGGGCAGCUAGUCAAAAGUUCUGAACAGGAAUCAAGCUUAGAAGGAGAUGACUUGAACAAAUUUCUUCAGAUUAUUCGUGAAACUGGUGAUUUGCACACAAAAAAAUCGACGAUAGACUUCCCGAAGAGCAUGCAUAAAAAACCUGGGAAAGCUGAGAAGAUUUUAUCUGAGAAGAACUGUUCAGUAUUAACUUUGUCUGAUAAGAUACUGGGAAAUAUGACAUCACAGAAAAAAAAUGGUACUACGGGGUCGGUCACGAAAUUACCACAAGUCAGUCAUAAAAGCAGCUCCGGUGCAGAUGAGAAGGAGAAUAUUCCUCUCGGUACAGAACAAAGCAUGGACUUCAACAAAGUAUCCAGUGAGAAUCAGUCGGAUCUCGUGGUGUCCUACACUUCAUGGGUAUGCAACAAUGAUGCUGGUGAAAAUGAGAAGGUAUCGAAACAGGCUACGAAGCUUGGUGACGAUAAAAAGACCAUCACAACUGCUGAGGAGAAUUUCAGUUUGCUGGACGACAGCUGGUUCAAUGACGAAAUGGAGCAAAGUCUGGUAGAGCCAGAACAUAAAAAGUCCAAACUUGAGAAGAAGAGAAGCAUUCCUGAGCAUGUCGUCCUGGCUUCUGGAGUCCAUAACCGGUAUUGGGUUCUAGAUGUGCAGGAAACCACUGGAGCCCAUGGCUACGCUGAGAAGCAUUUAACCAUCACUUGCUCAAAGUCUUCACACCCUACUGAGACCUGCAUUUUAAAAGAUGGCUGGGAGGACACUCCAGUUGCUCAUGGAGACAUUAUUCAUCUGGAAGGGGACUGUGUUUCUGGCCUAUGGGAGAUUAACAGGAACUCUGGUUUCCUGAUACUUAUUCCUGACGUGCUUAUCUCAGGGACCAGCAUAGCUGGCAGUGUCCGCUGUAUGAGACGAGGUGUACUUGGAGAGAUGUUUAAGAGUUUGGAUGGUGGAAGCAAGCAGAUGCUAAAUGGGACCAUAGUUCAUGACAUCUUUCAAAAAGCUGCCAUGUCCUUAGACUUUUCUCCUGAAAAGUUAGAGAAACUUGCCAGUGAAGCCCUGCUCAGACCAAACUACCUUGGACAAAUGUACAGUCUGAAACUGACUCAAGCAGACAUGAAGCAGGAGGUGGAGGAAUAUAUUCCUGCGAUUGCUGAAUGGGCCAAAGAUUAUCUCUGUACCUCUCAACAGGCCAGGCAGAAACAGCUGAGUCUCAGACUUCCCAGUGAUGGAGCUCUGAGCCGAGAGGACUCGAACUGCAGCAUCACCGUCACUGAUUUUGUGGACAUUGAGGAGAACAUCUGGUCUCCAAGGUUUGGUUUGAAGGGGAAAAUUGAUGUAACUGCAGGUGUUAGGAUCCACCGGCGUGGCAAGAAGCAUAUAGACAAGAUUGUACCAUUAGAGCUAAAGACGGGCAAGGAGUCUAACUCCAUUGAGCAUCGCAGCCAGGUUAUCUUAUAUACUCUUAUGAGCACUGAGAGAAGGACAGAUGCUGAGGCGGGUUUCCUCGUCUACUUGAAAACUGGCAAUCUACACCCUAUAGUGGGUAACCACAUGGACAGAAGAGAGCUGAUCAAGCUGAGGAACACUCUGGUGCAUCAUCUUAGCAACAGUCUCGUCAAGCUGGAGGGCAAAAAUCAAAUGGCACGUUUACCCGAAGUCAUCUCGGACAAGCAGGCCUGCAAGUACUGCCCACAGAAAAGAAACUGUGCACUUUACAACAGAGCUGUGGAGAAGGCUCACCGUCCUUCUGGAGACCCCGAGGCUUUCCUACAGCUUGAGAGUGACCAUCUAAACCAGCUUCACUUACAGUACUUCAGCCAUUGGUUGCUGCUCUGCAGCUUGGAGGCACGCACCAUGGAGAGCAAGGGAGGACGCCGCAACAUCUGGCUCCUGUCCGCUCAGGAGAGGGAGAAAAAUGGUGGAUGUGUCGGGAACAUGGUAUUGACAGGGAGCGUGACUACUCUCUCUGAGGGUGUGUACAUACACCGCUUCAAGCGCAAGCAAGGAGACCAUACACUCAUCACACUGAUAGUCGGGGACAGGGUGGUGAUCAGCGAUCAGGACUCCAGGUUUAUCGGUAUAGCCACUGGAUACAUCACCGAGAUUACAAACACAGGAGUGAUGUGUCAUUUAGAUAAAAAUCUCUCUAAGAAUUUUGCGGAUAUGGUAUUCCGGCUGGAUCAGGAUGAGGGGGCUGGAGGAUUGAGCACACAUCUUGGAAACCUCUCCAUGCUGAUGGAGAACUCGCCAAACAGUGAAAGGCUGAGGCAGCUCAUUGUGGAGUUUAAGCCUCCUCAAUUCAUCGAUACCCUUAGCAGUGUACUGCCACGAGAUGCCAAGGACACCGUUGCCAACAUUCUGAAAGGCCUCAACAAACCUCAGAAACAGGCCAUGAAAAAGGUUCUGCUGUCCAAAGACUAUACACUUAUUGUUGGAAUGCCUGGCACUGGAAAAACCACCACCAUUUGUACUCUGGUGCGUAUUCUGCACGCCUGUGGCUUCAGUGUACUCUUGACCAGCUACACGCAUUCUGCAGUAGACAACAUUUUGCUAAAGCUGAAAAGGUUUAAGGUGGGCUUCCUGCGUCUGGGCCGAGCUCAGAAAGUGCACCGUGACAUCUUACCCUUCACUGAGGAGCAGCAUCAGUCCAGGGGAAUCAAAACCCUUGACCAGCUAGAGGAUCUCUAUAACAAAGAGCUUGUUGUAGCCACUACCUGUAUGGGUGUGAAGCAUCCGAUCUUCACCCGACGACGCUUUGAUUUCUGCAUUGUGGAUGAGGCGUCUCAGAUCAGCCAGCCUGUGUGCUUGGGCCCACUCUUCUACGCUCAGCGGUUUGUUCUUGUAGGAGAUCACCAACAGCUGCCUCCUAUUGUCCAAAACGCUGAGGCCAGGGCUUUGGGCAUGGAUGAGAGCUUGUUCAAGCGUCUUGAGCACCACAGUCAGGCUGUAGUUCAGCUAAAUGUCCAGUACAGGAUGAACAGCAUGAUUAUGUCCCUGAGCAAUGCCCUGAUGUACGAGGGCAGGCUGGAGUGUGGCUCAGAGCGGACUGCCAAUGCUCAGCUGCAGCUGCCCAGCAUCGCCACACUAGAAAGUGAGCUGCAUGUGUGUCCGCCUCAGUACACUGCCUGGAUCUACACUGCACUCGAACCGCAAAAAUCUGUCUGCUUUCUGGACACGUCUCAGGUUCCAGCUUUAGAGAGUGUGGAGAAAGGUGGAGUCAGUAAUCACACAGAGGCCGUCCUGGUGCAUGCUCUCAUUAGCCUGCUGCUUAAGGCUGGCUGCAGAGCAAGUGAUAUCGGGGUCAUCGCUCCAUACCGGCAGCAGCUCAAAGCUAUCUCCACUUUAUUGGAAGAGGAUUCUUUCAGAGCUGUGGAGGUGAACACCGUGGACAAGUAUCAGGGUCGGGACAAGAGCGUCAUUAUCGUGUCCUUUGUCAGAAGCCAGACAGAUGGCAAUCUGGGAGAACUGCUUAAAGACUGGCGAAGGCUGAAUGUGGCCAUCACCAGAGCCAAACAUAAACUGCUGAUGCUGGGCUCGGCUCCGGCAAUGCGUCUCUACGCUCCACUGGAGAAACUUCUCACUCAUAUGCAGCAGGAGAACAUGAUCUGCCAGCUGCCACCUGCUGCUCAUGAAGCACUACCUCGCAUCAAAUUGUGACGUUUAUUGGAUCCAAACACUUCUGUAGCUUUUUAUUGCUAACUCCUAAU